GCUGCAAAGGGAUCAUUGUGUCUAAAUUAUACUAGCUAACUAGCUAAAACGUACUAAGUGUAUAGUUAUAUAAUCAACUAGUUUCCUUUCUUAAUUGAUCAGUCCUUUUCAUAGUAUAUUUAUGGCUGCAACAAAUUGCAGUUCUAAAAAACUAGUCCUGAGGAUGGGUAGUUUUGGGUUAAUGUUAGUUUUUGUGCUACUACUCUCCCAUGAAGUUGGAAUUGGGGUGGUGGAGGGAAGGCAGUUGAUAAGGUCAAAGGUGCAGUGUAAAGAACAAGGUUGUUCUUCAUCACAGGAGGCGCCGCCGCAUGAAAAGAGCAGUAAGCUAAAUUAUAAUGUGAGUAGUAGUAAGCUUCCGGUCGGCGGCUUUGGUCGCCCUUCUUCCGAUGUGGCGGCGGCUGGCGGCGGCAAGAAGGUUGUGUACACAUUAGAUGCUUUCCGACCCACGUCACCGGGGCACAGUCCCGGCAUGGGUCAUUGAUAUUUAAUUGCAUUCAGAAUUUCAGAUCAUGUAGUUUGUAUACAGUGCUACGUAUUUUAUACUCGUAUUAUUUGUUUAGUAAUGUAAAUUGUUACUAUACACACACACAUAUAUAUAUAUGUAUGUAUCAAAGUAGUGCGUAUGUAUAAAUAUAUAAGUAGAUACGCCAUAUGUAUGUGUGUGUUUUAAAUUUCAAGCACUGGUUGUAAUUAGCUAUAUAUUUAGCUUAGUCCCUAAAAUGUAUGAAUUGUUCUUCGCUUCAAUGUAAUAUAAUAAUGUAUUACUGUGUAAUCUGUUUUAAGUU